AAAGAGAAUGUGUAUGCAGAGAGUGCAGAGCAGUGAGAGAAACUUGUGAUGUAGUUGGAUAUUGAGGUUCCGAUCACAUGGCUUCUUCUCCUUCCACUCCCUCUUCUUCCUAUCUCACACACCUUCCUCUUCCUCUGUCUUCACCCUCUCAUUCAGGUGAGAAAGGUGUGGAUGAUGAUGAAUCACGCGUUCCAAUUCAUGUUGUGACCACUGCGUCUCAACUUCCUGUUGAAUUCCUGGAACCCUCACCUCAAACUCAACUCGUCAUUGGUUUUGACUGCGAGGGUGUUGACUUGUGUCGCAAUGGCACUCUCUGUAUAAUGCAGCUUGCAUUUCCUGAUGCUGUAUACCUGGUUGAUGCAAUUCAAGGGGGAGAUAUGCUUAUCAAAGCCUGUAAGCCUGCACUUGAGUCUAAUUACAUCACAAAAGUCAUUCAUGAUUGCAAACGGGAUAGUGAGGCUUUGUACUUUCAAUUUGGCAUCAAGUUGAACAACGUGGUGGAUACCCAGAUUGCUUAUUCACUGAUAGAGGAGCAAGAAGGGCGAAAGAGAUUGCCAGAUGACUACAUUUCAUUUGUUGGCCUCCUUGCAGAUCCACGUUAUUGUGGUAUCUCAUAUCUUGAGAAGGAAGAAGUUCGCGUCCUCCUUCGACAGGACCCCAAGUUUUGGACACACAGACCUUUAUCUGAACAAAUGGUCCGUGCUGCUGCUGAUGAUGUCCGUUUUCUUCUCUACAUCUAUCACCAAAUGAUGGAGAAAUUAAAUGAGCGGUCUUUGUGGUAUCUUGCCGUUCGUGGUGCCUUGUAUUGCCGAUGUUUUUGUGUAAACAAUAAUGAUUAUGCUGAUUGGCCAUCUCUACCUCCUAUUCCAGAUAAGUUGAAAGCCGAUGGAAAUGGUCCUGAAGAAGAAAUUCUUUCAGUUCUUGAUAUUCCCCAAGGAAAGAUGGGACUUGUUAUUGGGAAAAAAGGGGCUACCAUUUUGUCAAUUAAGGAGUCUUGCAAUGCGGAAAUUCUCAUUGGAGGUUCCAAGGGACCGCCUGACAAGGUCUUCAUCAUGGGACCAGUGAAGCAGGUGAAGAAAGCUGAGGCCAUGUUAAGGGGUAGAAUCUUGGAUAUGUAGUAAGGAAAACGGUUUACUUCUCUUUCAACCAAACUUAUGCAAUAAAUCAGUUUUCUGAGCCUAUAGUGACUUGGUGCCUCUGAUACUUGGAAUGAGUUAGGGGGAAGGAGUUGUUCAAUACUUGUGAUUCCUUUUUUCCCCGCUUGCAUUCACCGGAAAAAAGAAAAAGAAAGGAAGAAA